GCCGCUGCCGCGUCCCUCAGCACCGCCCAGGGGCGGAGUCCAGCCCUUUGCGCGCCAAGCCGGGACAGCGGCUCCCGCCUGGCAGCUGCUCUCCGCGCGGCCCCGCCAUGGCUGCCCCAGCUGUGCCCUGCUACUCGCCCGGCUUCAAGAAGCCGCCGGCGGUGCUUCGGCUGAAGCGCAAGCGGUUGCGGAGGAGCGAGCCUGCUGCCUCCGCUUCCCCGCCCUGCGGCGCUCCUCCGCGGGCACCCUCCGCACCGGCCCGCCGGAACCCCUUCUCUAGCCUGGAAAACGCGCCGCGGGCGGCCGGCACCCCCAAGCCGCUGGAGCGGGCCCGGCCGCCGCCGCUGGCAGGAGAGCCCUCUUCGGCUGUGCCUUUCUGGCAGCUUUUAGAGCCUGCUUGUGACGAUAAACCUGUCCCGAGACCAGAGCCCUCUGACAGAACUGAUGUCCUCGCCCUGACCUAUGACCUUCAUUUACCUGCUGCUGCACUUGAAGUUCCCUCCUCCCCAAGACAUGAAUUUCCUGCAGACUGGAGUAUUAAAACAAGAGUUCUAUUUAUGUCUUCUCAACCUUUUACCUGGACAGAACAUUUAAAAGCACAAGAGGAAGCUCAAGGAUUUGCUCAGCAUUGUAGAGCUACAGAAACAAACUUGCCACAGAGCAUACAGGAACCAAAACUGUCGACAGAACUGCGUUGUGCCUUCCAGCAAAGCCUCGUUUACUGGCUUCACCCUUCACUGCCAUGGCUGCAGAUGUUCCCCCGGAUCGGAGCAGAUAGGAAGCUAGUUGGAAAGGCUAGUCCUUGGUCACAGGAUGAAGGCCUGCAGCAGGUCCUAAUGAGUGAGUGGUCUGUCAGCUUCACUUCUCUGUACAAUCUGCUCAGAGCCAAACUGUGUCCAUACUUCUAUGUGUGCAGCUACCAGUUCACUGUUCUGUUCCGUGCGGCUGGCCUUGCGGGAAGUGACGUUAUCACAGCUGUCAUUUCUCCCACAACUAGAGGGUUAAGGGAAGCCAUGAGAAGCGAAGGCAUAGAGUUUUCAUUACCUUUGGUAGAGGAAAGUAGAACCAGGAAACAGAAAAACUCUGAUGUCAGCUUGGAAACAGAAGAUGCUAACAGCCUCAACACGAACAACAGCACGGAAGAUGGAGAGGAGCCAGCUCCAAGUGACGAUGAUGAUGAGGCAAGCUUCUCUUGGCUUGAGGAGAUGGGAGUCCAAGACAAGGUUAAGAAACCAGAUGCUAUUUCUAUUAAACUUCGCAAGGAGAAGCAUGAGGUUAAUGUGGAUCACAAACCAGAGUCCCUUGCAUUAGUGAAAGGAACAAACACAUUCACCUUGCUGAACUUCUUGAUAAACUGCAAGAGCCUCGUGGCUGUUGCAGGUCCACAAGCAGGCCUUCCACCAACUUUGUUGUCCCCCGUUGCUUUCCGAGGUGGAACAAUGCAAACACUCAAAGCUCGAAGCAUAAAUGCCAAAGCCAGGGUCCAGCUGGCAUACAAGGAUAUAUCCAGUUUGGAGAUUGUAGGCCCUGUCAUGCCUCACACCCUGCAUUCACUGACCAUGCUGCUCAAGUCUGCACAGAGGGGAGCGUUCUCUGCUGUCUUGUACACACAUGAGCCAACUGCUGUGUUCAACACUAACCCUGACAAUGCAAGCCCUGCCUUAAAUAAGGAAAGCAUACACAGAGAUCUUCCUGCAUGUGGACUGCAUCCUAAGACUUUGGAUCAACUGAGUCAGUGUCCAACAUUGGGCAAAUAUUCCAUCCGAUUUCUGGAGAUGAAGGAUUGUGCUUAUACCUGGAAGUCCUAGGCAUGCUAGUUCCAUUUACUGGAAGAGGAUGCUCUCCAGUGUGCAGCUGCUGUACUUCAUCCUGGUCUACAUGGGCAGCACCUAUGCAAGUCCUGGGAGGGAUACAAGUGAACUGAAUGUUGUGGACAAUUGUUGUCCAUCAUCCAUCAUGAAACACUUUGAAAGCCUUUUAAAGGGAAUUCAAGGAAAGGCUCUCAACAUCUCCUUUUGUGUUCCAGGAAGCCUUU